ACGUUCCGCUGUGCGACCGAGUCCCGCGCUGCUGCGGACGCACCCGUCGGAAGUGACUGCAGGCUGCAUUGCUGUGGGAAGAAGCAGGCCUUAGCGCUCGGCAGCGGCACGGAGCGGCUGGCCCAAGGGCGAGGAACGCGCGCGUCCGACGCCCGGCACCGCACAGCGGCGGCUGGCGUCCUGUCGUCCAUCGUCCCUCCAUCUGCUCGUCCCUGAUCCUUUGGAGCUCCGCCGCCGAUGCGUGCGCCAUGUUGAUGCUGCAGCAAGCAGCAAGACGAGAUGCAGCAUGCAGCAGCAAAGAUCGUGCCCGCUGGCCGGUGCCGCGACCGCUGCAUGGCCCCUUCUCGCUCCCUGUCGUGGCCGAGGGUGCAGGCCGAGCUUCCGGCUGGCUCGUUUCCUCGCAGCCGCCUGGAGAUCUUCCCGUGCCGCCGAGUGCGCUUGAGCAUGCUGCUCCCCGCGUGCCAGCGCAAGGCAUGCGUCGUGCUCCGGCCGGCGCGGACGCAUUCCCAGACGAGUCGUGCGCGCAAUCUUGCCGCGAGGAGGGCGCGCAGUCGAGGAAGCAGCCGCCGCCGCCGCGCUAGGAGGCAUCCCGCGGUGAUUUGCGCGCCUGCUGCUGCCGCCGCGCACGCACGCAGAGAGCCAGAAAUAAGCGCAGGCACCAGCAGAGAAAACGACAGCUGUCACUCUGCUGCGAUCCGCACGCCAACGAGACAGAGAGCGAGCAUGCCGCGACGUCUGCGUGUCUCGACGCCGACGGGAGCGAGGUGCAAGGAGCCGCCGAGGUCAGGCCAUCGCGCCGUCCCGCGCUGCGCAGCGCUGACUCGAGAGCGUGGGUAGGCACGGGUGGAGCGUGGAUUUGCGCGAGACGGAGCGGAAGCAGCGCGGGCCGGGCAGCGCAGAGAGCGCGCGCGCGGCGUGCGGCGGAGAUG